UUGAAACAAACGAUUGGCGGGUGUGCCAGGACUAUAAGUUCAUAAACUUUCUGGAUCAGUGGAAGAAAAAAACCUUGUCAAAAUGGAUAAAUCCAAAAUUCCUAUCCCUAAAUCCAAUGUUGUAAACACAUCACAGAAACUCCCAAGUACAGACUCGGAAUUAGCAUACCCGUGUCUUAAAAAAACCUGUCCCCCGAAGCCGGUUUUACCUCUCUAUAGUAAGGAUCCCAACAUCAAUUUCACAGCCAAUGUUCCUGACAAUGGUGUUUUUAAAGCUACAACUAGUACUAAAAGAACUGUUGUGAAUAAGAAGGCUGCAGCUGCUCCUACACGAGGUCCGGUUACCAGGUACAGAUUGGAAGCGGAACUUAAAGAUAGGAAUCAGCUUCUGGAGGCAGCAAAUAUUAGUCUGCACAACAGUUUGACGAACGCACAGGAAACUAUUAAACAAAUGACUGAACAUGAAGAUGAGCAGAAAGAAGAGAUCAAAGAGCUAAACAGGCGUUUAGAGAAAAAUCUAAUUAUUCUGGAGAGCAGAAACAUAGACCCAGUUUCAGGAGAACUUAUCCUGGCAUCUGCAGAAGAAAAAAGCAAGCUACGGGCAGAGACGAAGGCUUCUACAGAUAAUCUUCUAAGUGAGCUGAAGAUUUUUGGUCAAAUGGCAAAUGAGCAAAUAGCACAAGUUCAGGCUGUUAUAGACAAGUGGAAUCAGGCAGAGGAGAACAGAAAUGUCUUUCUAGAGGAGCAAAAAGAUUUUGAUAUUGAGCUGGAUCAGUUCCGAGCUGCACUCCAGCAGGCAGAGCAGUGGCUGGACUUAUGAUGUAAAGGAGGGGGCUGGAUGCGCAUUGUAUAUGUAUCAUCCAGAGGAACAACUUUUAACACAUCACAUAACAGUUGUACUUGUUUACAUUGUCUGCACAGAGGGAGAUUAAACGUUAUUGUGUUUAGGUUUUUCUUUCAAGUUGUUGUUUACUACUUGUUAACGUUUCUAGAGUGUAUAUAUUAAAAGCAGUCAUUUUCCCUGAAAAAAACUUGUCAAUUGGGGUGUAUACUGUGCCCGAUUCCUUUAUACACCAUAGACAAGGUGCAUAUUAAAGUUGUUCUCAGAACUGUUAAGCUUGACUGCUCGUAAGGAAGUGCAAACGCAAACCUCUCCCAAACGUUUAUAUGUUAAAUUAUCAUCUCUUUACAGCACUUGAAAAUGUAACACUUCCCUGCCUUAUAUCUACUACUAUAGGUAGAUUUUAUAUAUGCUGCUUUUUUUCCUCUCACUACAAUAUCAUUUUCUUUUUUGUUUGUUAUUAUAUUGGUCUUUAUGUGUAAAAACAUGUAAAUAUGUAAUUGUUUAUUGCUGAAUAAAUACUUUAUUGCAAA